AUGGGUAGCUGCUUAAGGCCGCUCGGUACCUUUGCUCUAUUAGCGAGGAGAAACUUCGGGGUGGAAUCUUCGGUUACAGAACAUAAAGUACGAUCCUUCUGCAAACCAUACGCAAGCAGAUGGGUCAAGAGACUCGAACGUAUGCAACAAAAGAAAAAAUUCGCACUGACAAAAAAAGAGGCUCUACAAGUGCCAGAGUAUGAAACCUUCACCGAAGAUCAAGUACAUAACUUAGCAAUAAGGAAUCAAUGCCCUAUAUGGAGCAGUAGAAGGUGUGGAGUACUGGCUUAUAAAAUCGGUUGCAUGUCACUUUGGGACGACUGGGGAGAACGUCAUAUGGUUACUGUAUGCCACGUAGACCGAUGUGUAGUGUUAGAAAAGAGAACUAUAGCUCAUCACGGAUACGAAGCGGUUCAGCUGGGACUGGGCUACCGUAACAUUAACCGUCAGUCUAAACAAAACGUAGGACGGUUCAUUAAGGCAGGUGUUGGAUCCAAGGAUCAUAUCGCAGAAUUCAAGUGCUCUAGUGAUUGCCUACUACCUGUAGGACAUUAUAUGAGUGUAAGACACUUCACACCUGGACAGUGGGUAUUCGUCUCUGGCUGGUCCCAACCCAAAGGGUUCCAGGGAGCCAUGCGCAGGUGGCAUUUUGGCGGGCAAAACGCAAGUCACGGGACGGAGUGUAAGGCACACAGCGCACCGGGAUCAAUAGCGCAGGGUAAAUCAGCGCAUAUCGUCUGGCGAGGCACGAAAAUGGGCGGACAUAGCGGCCCGGACCCACGAGUUACAAAUUGCAGAGUUUUCAGGAUAGAAUCUUAUAGAAAUCUCAUAUUUCUCAAGGGAGCGGUGCCGGGAGACAUAGGCAGUGUGAUUAAAAUUCGGGAUGCACUCGGAAUCUCAGCACGCAAAAAUAGAGGCAUACAUAUACAUUAUCCUACAUUCGUCCCUAAACCAGGUCAAAAAUACCCAGUAACAUUACAAGAACCGCCAAAAGAACGUGAUCCGUUCCUAUUUGCCGAGGAACCCAUGUAUGAUCAUCACCAACGGCAAUAA